GUGUGUGUGUGUGUGUGUUAGAAAGAGUGAGAGAGAGUCAGUGAAAUGAGUUCCACUCCACCCACAUCUAUCCGUGUCCAAUGUGAGGGGGAGGUGAAACAGUUGAGAGCUUACUGUGCCAUCAACUACUGGCAUUAUUUAGUUGUCUCAGUCUGGAGGAGACUCUGUUGACGACCGCUCUUCAUCAGAAUUCCACCCGGUUGGAGCGACAAUGGCUUCUCACGUAAAACUCCGGAAGGAGAGGGUUGGCGCGGUGGACUAUGACACACAAAUCAAAGAAGUGCGUUGCCAGCUUGUAGACCAGCUAAAGGUGUUGGAUGUGCAACUUGAGCAGAAGAGCCAACAGCUGCAAGACAUGACAGACUACCUGCGGCGGCGGGGUGAGAUUGAAAGCGAGUACGCCCGCUCUCUGGAAAAACUUGCUGAAAGGUUCACGUCUAGGAUUAAAAGGAAGGAGCCCAGUAGUCACUCCGUGGUUCAGGUCUGGAUGGCCCUGCUGUCCCAGACCCGCCAGGACAGCAAGGACCACAAUGCAUUGAGUGAGAGUUGUAGCAACCUUCUCCUCCAGCCGCUCUCGAACUGUCUGGAGUACACGCAACGCCUUGCCAAGAAGAGCAAAGAGAUCUGCACUCAACUGCAAGAUGGGCUACUCAAGGUUACCACAGAGCUGCAGACUGCGUGGCGGACAUACUAUCAGUACCACUCAGACUACACAAAUGCAGAGGGGAAGCUGAGGGAGGCAGAGAAGCAGGAGGAGAAGCGGAAGCAGAGUUCUACAAAAAAAAUAGACAGGUUGAUAGAAAAGAGACAAGUUAAAGUCCAAGAGAUCCAGAUGAAGUGCAGCAAGGCCCGAAAUGAGUACCUCCUGAACCUGGCUGCAGCCAAUUCGUCCAUAAAUAAGUACUACCUCCAAGACAUCUCUACUCUCAUAGAUUGUGCAGACACGGGGUACCACGUGUCUUUGGGCCGCGUGAUGCAGGCCUACCUAUCCAGGCGGCGGCGGAACCAGCAGAACCUGGGCACGGGCCUGCAGCAGCUCCAGGCGGCCGUGUCCGGACUGGAUCAGAGCCAGGACAGAGACACCCUCCUGAAGGACCACUACAACACCUUCUGUAUGCCUGCCCGUUUCCAGUAUCAGCCGCACGACGGCGACCAGGUUUCUGAAGUCAGCGCAGAGUGCGAGGUGAGGUGCGAGCUGGAGACCAGAUUCAAACAGAUACAAACCCGACUGAAAGCCGUCAGCCAAGAAACGGAGGAGGCUAGUAAGAGCAUGUCGACGGUCCAGGGUUCCCUGCUGGAAGGCAUCAGUGACGACGACCUGGAGCUCAGCAUCAGCGGCGGUUCGUCUCAGGAGGGCAGCACUGAGAAUCUGACGGUCAAGCCCAGCGUGGCGCGACGCAGGGCAAACUUGCAAGAAAUAGAAAAUCUGUACUUCACCAAAGUAAAAGAGUACCUUGUGGGCAGUUCCCUGGUAUCUAAACUGCAAGCCAAGCACGACCUGCUUAAAGAGGCUGUGGAAAAAGCCGAGUCAUCAAAUGGACAUCCUCCUAGACACCCUGGAAAGUCUCUGCGCAUCCGAAAGAAUCACUCAAGUGGAAAUCUGGUGUACAACCAAAAACUUUUCAGUGGAGACAUGCUGUCCUUUAUAGAGGAAUCGGGACAACGGAUUCCAGCUGUCGUGGAAAGCUGCAUCCGCUACAUCAACCUCCACGGUCUCCAUCACGAGGGGAUAUUUAGAGUGCCGGGGUCUCAGGUGGAGGUCAACAACCUGAGGGAUGCAUUCGAGCGAGGAGAGGACCCCCUGGCUGAGCGCCGGUAUGACAUGGACUCUGUGGCUGGGGUUCUGAAGCUCUACUUCAGAGGUCUGGAGAAUCCACUCUUCCCCAUCGCCAGCACCACUGAGCUCCUGGAGCACGCCCAAUUAAAAAACGAGGCAGAGAGAGCAGCUCAGCUAAAAACGGUCAUCUCAUCCUACCCCGAGCCUGCCAUCAUUGUCAUGAGAUACCUCUUUGCAUUCCUUCAUCACGUGUCUCAGUAUAGUGACGAGAACAUGAUGCAGCCGUACAAUUUGGCCGUGUGUUUCGGCCCCAGCCUGGUGAGAGGGGCCCAGGAUGAUGAUGUUGUCAUGCUGCAGUCUCAGAUCAACGCCCUGGUGAAGAGCAUGAUCCUGCAGCAUGAAAGCAUCUUCCCAGGCCUCAGUGAAAUAGAAGGGCCGGUGUACGAGAAAUGCAUGACACUAGAGGAGGACGACUGCGAGGCCAUCAAUGAGGAAGGAGACGUAGAAUCAGAGUACAGUCAGAGCAAGGAUGAUUUGGAAACGGGAUCAUCAGGAGACAGCAGCAUGUUGGCAGCACCUACACAGAAUAAGGCCGAACGCCCUCGAGCCAACAGCAGCGGCUCCAUAGAGCACAUUAGGUCAACAGCAGGGGGCAGCAUAACCUCAGGGGGAAGGUUAAUGCUGCAGAUUCCUAUUGGGCCACAAACCAACAGGAAGAUGCUCUCUCCUGGUUAUGUGCGCAAACAAUCUCAUCAAAACUCGUCAUCUGAGGAUCUACUCGUUCAAGUAGACAAGGACGUCUGUCGCCAGAUGGACACGGUCUUCAAGGAGCUCCUUACGCGUCAAACCCAGCAGGAUCCCUUCUCUGCCGCGUCCUCCCCCUCCGCCCAAGUGCCCCAAAAGAAAGGGAAGAAGGACGGACGCAAGGGAAAAUGAGCAGGGCUCUUUCAGAGCAGCAGAUCCAGUGGAGUGAGAGGGCUGGCAUCAGCAGAUGACAGGAAAAGAGGGAGAUGAUACUAAUGAAAGCUGAGGUGUAGUGUGAAGGGCUCUGACAGUAGCUUUCAGCACAUCUAUUUCUAGAAAACUGAGCGCACUGACCCAUAAGCCUGCCUCCUGGCUUCUUUCCGCUGGGAGUCGGGCCUCGUUCAUGUUCAGUACAGUAGAUCUCUAGCGUGACUGCAGACCUGCAACAUGAUGUGGGAACUGUGAAUUACUUGAAAUCCGCUGUGGUUGUGUACAGUGAUUAUGCAACUUCAUAUCUGCAGCUAUGUAAGUGUUGAUAUAUUCCGGUUAAGGCCAAAUUUCUCUCAAUUUUUAUUUUCACUCUUUGUCAGUGUGCACAUCUACUCACGCAAUCUUCAUCAAAGGUCUCUUGAAACGAAAGUGUCAUAGCAUUGACAAAAACUGAAUACUGGCGUUGUACAUAUGAAUGAUUUAGCUCAUUUUACAGUUCAUAGUUUCCCUGUGUGUACAUAUUUAUAGGCUACAUGCAAAAUAAAUAAUUUGUCUGUU